AUGGUCACAGGGAGGAUUCUGAUGGUGAACAAGCUUCGAGUACUUAGUGAUGCGGAUGCGAUGCAAGUCAGUCCACGGUACGCCGUUGCCCAAUGCGCAAGUUUUGUUGUUAUAUUCGCGCCGGCGCAAGUACGUGAGCUCCAAAGUGAAACAAUGUUAAAAUUUACACACCCGUUACGCCUUGUUGGUCGGGUGUUUCCGAUAGUGCGAUGGUCCAGGAAUUACAACUUGCGAACGGGCAUCGGGGACCUAAUAGCUGGGAUAACUAUUGCGCUGACAUUGAUACCGCAAUCUAUAGCGUACGCUUCUUUGGCUGGAUUGGAACCCCAGUUUGGAUUAUAUGCAUCGUUUGCCGGUGGCUUUGUGUACGCAAUAAUGGGUACAUGCCCUCAAAUAAACAUCGGCCCUACCGCUCUGCUGUCACUCCUCACGUUUACAUACACAAGCGGAACAAAUCCCGACUUCGCAGUACUUUUGUGUUUUAUGGGUGGCAUUGUCACUUUGGUAGCCGGUAUUGCGCAACUCGGAUUUCUCGUGGAUUUCGUUUCAUUGCCCGUAGUUUCGGGUUUCACCUCGGCGGCAGCUAUAACGAUCGCUUCAUCCCAGAUUAAAGGACUUCUUGGUUUGAGGUUUGAAGCUGAGACUUUUAAGACAACGUGGGAAGGUGUAUUCCACCAUAUAGGUGAUACACGUAUGCAAGAUACUUUACUUGGGCUUGCGUGCUGUGUAGUGUUAAUGGGAAUGAAGGCCAUGAAAGAUAUACGCUUGAAGCAGCCUCUAGACGACAAAGGCCGCCGCAGUGCUCUUAUAAUUCAAAGGACUCUAUGGUUUGUUGGCGUUUCAAGGAAUGCAGUCGUAGUUGUUAUAGCCGCUGUACUGGCUUUCCUUGUACAUGAGGAUAAACGCGAUCCUUUGAUACUUACCGGUUCAAUAACCCCAGGAUUGCCUAUACCACAUCUGCCAUCUUUUCAUAGCACUGUAGGAAAUACAACGGUGCCCCUGGGAGACAUGUUAGCUCACCUUGGCUCGGGAUUAAUUGUCGUCCCUGUUGUUGGAAUUAUAUCUAAUGUUGCUAUUGCAAAAGCUUUCUCUAAAGGAAAAACGUUAGACGCAACUCAAGAAAUUGUAUCUUUGGGAAUUUGCAACAUUGUUGGCGCCUUCUUCAAAUCUUAUCCAGUGAAUGGUUCGUUCACCCGAAGCGCUGUAAGCGACGCAUCGGGAGUGAAAACUCCUGCCGCUGGGUUUUAUACUGGUGUAAUAGUACUUCUGACCCUGGCGUUGUUAACGCCGUAUUUUUACUUUAUACCCCGGGCGGCACUCGCUGCGGUCAUUAUGUGCGCCGUUCUACAUAUGGUGGAUUUGGCCAUAAUCAAGAAAUUAUGGGCCACAAGCAGAUUGGACCUAAUACCACUGGCGGGAACUUUUGUCUGCUGUCUGGCGUUGGGCAUUGAAAUUGGUUUGGUUUGUGGUGUUGGAAUCGAUAUACUGCUGCUUCUCUAUUACCACUCCCGUCCGCCUCUGGAAGUGCAGUUUAUAGACGAUGGAACAAUAACUCCCCACUAUGCAGUACGUCCAAUUGGUGGGUUUCAUUUCGCUGGAGCUGAAAGGUUCAGAGCAAGACUGGUCUCGUUAAAAAAAGAAAAACAUUUUCCUUCUAAUGUACAUACUGUAGAAAGUGUCACUUCCGUUGCCAAUGACAUGCGAAUAACUGUACCCAAUGGAAGCAUAAAUUUUGUUGGACGAGGAUCAACUAAAGUUUUAGUAAUACAUUGUGAUGCAUUAUGCAGGAUGGACUACACUUUUAUAGAGAGUAUUAAAAUGCUUAUAUCGGAUUGGUCCCAUGAUGGCUGCGUAAUAUGGUGUGAUGUGAAACCCAAGAUCAAAGACCAGUUGAACAGUGUUCUUAAUGAUCCGAUUUACUGCAAUUACGAUCAAUUAGGGACCAUAUUGUCCAGUUUUUUUGCGAUGGAGUCACCGCAAUAUGUCAUUAACAAUUCCUGCAGCGACACGCCCUUA